AUAAAUUUUGUCUAAUCAAUCAAUCACAUCAUUUGCUGAAGCCGAAGCCAAGCGGCCGCCGCCGCCGGCAUGAGGAGAUACCCUCUAAUUAACUCUUAUCCUUUCUUCUAACAAUAAAGAGAAAAAUGACUUUUCAUUUUCCCUCCCCUUGAUUCCCACAUUUCUCAAUUCUUAUUGCUCAUUCACACCACACUUAAACCCCAACACAAUUAUCAUUCGGGCCUAUAAUGGGAAUUCUGCCGACCUUAUUGAUUGAACUUGGUGAUGAUAUAAUAUAUACCAAUGCACUUGAACCAGAAAUGCAGGCAAGGACAUAAGUAGUACUGGUUUCUGCUUUAUCAAGAAUUAUACUAUAUACUAUACAUCAAGGUACUUUAUAAUCUUUUGCCAUGAUGGAUCUUGGUUCAGAGCAGACUACACAACCCUCUACUCAUGUUAACAUGUCCACUAACAGAAAAGAAUUUCUUUCCAAUGUUAUGAAAAGGACCUCUGAAUGGAUUUUAUCCCAGGAUAUCCCAAGUGAUAUAACUGUUCAUGUUGGAACAACUUCUUUUGCUCUGCACAAGUUCCCACUAGUCUCAAAGUGUGGAUACAUAAGGAAGUUGAUCUCAAAAUCCUGUGAUCCUAAGCUUUCUGCAAUUGAAAUCGCUGACAUUCCUGGUGGAGCAAAAGCAUUUGAAUUUGCAGCAAAAUUUUGUUAUGAAAUAAACUUUGAGAUAAGCUCAGAAAACUUUGCAUUGAUUAGAUGUGUGGCAGAAUAUCUUGAGAUGACAGAUGAGUAUGCAGAUGGAAAUUUGAUAGGAUUAACAGAGGCCUACUUAAAUAAAGUAGCACUUAAGAGCAUUGCAAGUUCAGUUUCCAUUUUGCACUCUUCAGAAAAGCUUCUUCCCAUUGCAGAAGAUAUAAAAUUAGUGAACAGAUGCAUAGACACAAUUGCAUACAUAGUCUGCAAGGACAGCCAAUAUGGCUUGAAUUCCUCCACAUUUGAUUGGUUGGGUGAGGAUUUAACUGUCCUAAGAAUUGAUUUUUUCCAAAGGGUUUUGAUUGCUAUGAUGGCAAGGGGAUUCAAACAGUAUGCACUUGGACCAAUAUUAACGCUCUACGCGCAGAAAUCCCUUGGAGGUUUGGAUACAUCAGGAAAGGGGAGGAAAAAGACUGAGGCAAGAACAGAACAUGAAAAGAGGAUUGUUUUAGAAACCAUUGUUAGUCUUUUGCCAAGGGAGAAAAAUGCCUUAUCAGUUAGCUUUCUCUCGUUGCUUCUUCGAACUGCAAUAUAUCUAGAAACCACAGUUUCUUGCAGGGUCGAUUUGGAGAGGAGAAUGUCAUUGCAACUUGGACAGGCUGUAUUAGAUGAUUUAUUAAUUCCUUCAUAUUCAUUAACAGGGGGUACAUCGUUCGAUGUUGCAACUGUGAAACAUAUUAUGAUGAAUUUCCUAGAGUAUGAAAUGGUGGGAAAUCGAUUAGGCUUCAACGAUGAAGAGAAUGUGUUUCCAUCAGCAAGUGACAUGGAGAAAGUUGGGAAACUCAUGCAAGAUUACCUUGCUGAAAUAGCCUCUGACAGUAAUCUCUUUGUUUCAGAGUUUAUUAGUGUUGCUGAAGUCAUUCCAGAGCAAUCUAGGAUCACAGAAGAUAUGAUGUACAAGGCCAUUGACAUGUAUUUGAAGGCACAUCCAGCUCUAAGUGACAUUGAGAGGAAAAAAGUUUGCAGUGUUAUGAACUGUCAAAAGCUAACUCGAGAAGCUUGUGCUCACGCUGCUCAGAAUGAGAGGCUCCCUGUUCAGAUUGUUGUGCAAGUGCUUUACUAUGAGCAACAAUGCCUUCGCGAAGUUAUGGAUGUUAGUUUAGUAGAGGCAGAUCCUCUUUCUUUUCCAUCUAAGUUCAAUUGGCUCUCCACUGACAUUCCUCCUGUUACAGACGAAUUCUCAAGUCUAAAAAGAGAAAAUCAGGAUCUAAAAUUUGAGCUAAUGAAAUUGAAAAUGAAGUGCAAAGAAAUUGAAAAAUGUGAUGACAAAUCAGCAGCUAGCACCCCUUUGGGGACCACUACUCCACCUUCUGAUAAGCCUCGUUUGCUCAGAAAAUCAUUCAUAACUGCAGUCUCCAGAAAGCUUGGGAAACUGUAUCCAUCAUUUGGAGCUGAAGAAGUCACGAUGCCAUCACCCAGCAAGGGGAAAAAUAAACCAAGAAGAGAUAGGCGUAAUUCCAUAUCAUGAUGCAACUAUAUUUUCCAUUAGGUUGUUUGUUGUUCUUUGUUUUAAUGUUUUUGCGAGUCAUGUUAACUUCUGCUUUAAUCAUAGGUCCUGUGAUAUUUCUUGUUAGGCUAUUCUGAUUGUAAUGGCUAUUGUUCUAAUCCAAUGAUGCCAUUAUAAAAGCCACAAACUUUAUCUGAUA